AUGGACUACCUGUUCGCUGCUUGGACUGUCAUCUACUUCAUUGCAUACCCGAUCUUUUACAUCCUCAAGUUUAUCCUCUUCCUCUCGGCCAUAAUCACCGCGCCCCUGCUCCACCUUGGCCAUUACUGUCUCUACGCCUGUUGGUACGUGUUACGCGGUCUUGGUAAAUUCGAGACUCUCUACAUCUUCUUCGGAAUCGCAAUGCUUGUCGGUCUUGUCACGGGCACGAGCCUUCACUAUGUCUCGGGCUUCAUCACAUCCAUACUGGACCUCGAUUCCUUGCCUGAAGAGCAAAGAGGGCGGACCUUGGCUUCUUAUCGCGCAGAGAAGCAAGAGAGACGUGAUGCGAAGGAUCCAAUUAUGGAGCUUAGGCAAAAGGAUGAAAGUCUUCAAGGGAAUGACCUGAGGUUGAGGGAGGACUAUAUGAACUGGAGUUUAUCAAAACAGGGCCGCGGACGGGGCGGGCCUAGGUUUAAUACCAUUCUUGAAGAGGAGGAUACCUCAGAUGGCUUCUGA